AGUAUAUUUCAUAAAUAUUAAUUAUUAGUAUAUAGUUUUAAUUAAUGCAAUAUAUUUUAAAUAAUUUUUUUAUAUAUAAUAUUUAAACUAUAAUACAAUUGACUAUAAAAUUUUACCAUCUCAUCAUUUUCUUCACUAGCUGAAAUUUAAUCGGCAAAUCGGCCUGUGAUCCGUAAAUAUACAAUUAUGUUCGUUCUAUUUAUUUAUUAUUUUUAUAUUCUGUGCACAUUUUUUAUAAAAAAUUAUUUUCAAUUAUAUCACAAAAUAAAUACACCAUAUAAUUGUAUCACCUGAUGCAAAAUUACAUUGGAAAAUUAAAGCUAUUGUUUUGGUCACAAGUUUCUUGUGGGGGUGAUAUAAUUUUUUUAUUUUACUGUUGAAUUCUAUUUUAAUACGAAAUAAUCUUUUGUCCUAAAAAGUAUCACAUUAAUUAAUUUUUUUUUUUAAAUAAAAAAAUUAAAUCUUCAAACUAAUCCAAAAUUUAUGGCUAUUUUUCAACUCACAUUUAAGCAUGUUUUAUGGGCCUGGAUGGGCCUAUUUGGGCCGUAAAAAAACUCAUUCCAAAGCCCAAAUAGAAGAGCGUUCCUACCAUUCACUCCCUCUUCACCGAAAAAUCAAACUGAAGAUUGAGGGGAUUCCGUUCCGCUCUCUCCAUUUCGUCCCAGUUGAAGAUUUACGUUUCUGAGGCUCUUCUGGGCGAUUGGAAGAAUGUACGAGGUACUGUGGCGUGAAUCGAAGUAAGAUGGCUGUGAAAUAUGGUCAGAGCGUUUAGACAGAUCGACGCCCUUCGUGCUUUGUUCCCCUUCAGCUGCUGGAUUCAUUCCGGAAUAAUUUGUUAUCAGGAACUCUUUUGGUGUUUCCGAGUACUCGAAAAUGCUGCAAAACAUCCCUCACCAAAUGGUGCAAUCUCCGGCAAGACUCGGUCUUCCGAACCCCAACUCCCCGUCCCUCCAAACCUCGACACCCUCUAAAUUCUCCUCCCAAAACACACAAACCCACCCACCCGCCCAGACAGCCUCGAAUAACUUGUCUACACCCUCCGUUUCUUCGACCCUCCUUCCUCUCCUCCCCCCUCUCCCAAGAGCCCAGUCCCUCCUCCUCCAAAUGGCGUCUCUCGCCUCCAAAAUCUGUGAAAUCUCCCCGAACCGUUCCCACUGGAUCUCCGCCUUCCGUGGCUCCCUCCCGACUUUCCUGCCCUCCCAAACUCCGUCGACCUCUCUGCCACAGCGGGACGUUUCUCCGUCGUCCAGCAAAGAAAUCCUUGCCUUGUUCACAAAUCUCCAGACCCAGCUCUUCGAAGCUGUUGCCGAGCUCCAGGAGGUACUCGAUCUCCAAGACGCUAAAGAGAAGCUCGCCAGGGAAAUCCAGUCCAAAGAUUCUGCCCUCCUCGUGUUCGCGAAUAAGCUCAGAGAGGCCGAGAAUGUCCUCGACAUCCUUGUCGACGACUAUUCUGAUUAUCGCCGAACCAAACGGGCCAAGUCAGCCUCCGAAGAGGAUGUUGGGAACUCUUCCAGCACCACCGUUGCGACACGGCUGAAUCUGUCGGACAUAUUGGCGUACGCCCACAAGAUAAGUUACACCACGUUUGCGCCUCCCGAAUUCGGCACGGGACAGGCUCCUCUCCGCGGGGCUCUCCCUCCAGCCCCGCAAGAUGAGCAGAUGCGUGCGUCGCAGCUGUACGCGUUCGCCGAUCUCGACGUCGGUCUGCCCAAAACCGACAAGGCCCGAGAGACGAUAGUCGAGCCGUUGAUCGAAGCUGCGGCUGCGGUACCCACAGCUGAGCAGCGCAAUCCUGCAGCGAGCAUGCAAGGUCUGCUUCCGUCGAACAUCGUGGUGCCGUCGGGAUGGAAGCCCGGAAUGCCUGUGGAAUUACCCAGCUACUUGCCGAUCCUUCCUCCGCCGGGGUGGAAGCCGGGCGACCUGAUUACAUUGCCCCCGGUGGAUUCUCUUGCUGCUGGUCCGGCGAGGGCCGAGGAGCCGAAGUUGAGGCCGGUGGCAAAGGCGGCGCCGCCGGAGCCCAUACAGGUACGGCAUGUGCAGCUUGACAUUGAGGAUGAUAGUAGCGAUUAUAGCAGUGAUGCUGGGAGCUCAGAUAGCGAAGAUUGACAUAGCUGACCUGACCAUCCAUGGCUUUUGGUAAAGUGAGAUGGAGACAUAAAAAUAGAAACAAACAAAUUAUUUUAAUAUUUUAUUUUAAAUUAUUGAUUUUUUAUUGGUAGAUAAAAUUUAUAUUACCAGCAUGAUUAGAGCACACUGACACAGUUGCCAUUUUAAUUAAAUGCUUUUACACAUAAGGCAUUUAAAAUGCUGUCGGUGAGACUGCUCUUAAUGGAGCUGAUACUUUCUUGUAUGUUCUUUUACUAUUUCUGUCUAUGUAUGAUGCACAGCUGCAUUCUUUUAUUA